AUGCUUCAGGCCGCCUCCGACCACAGCGUGGACAACAGCACAGCGAUGCUUCACGAGUGGCUCAGAGGAGUCCAGCACCGGUACCACUCUGUGGAGUGGAGGCCCACGGAGCAGCCGAGCUCUUUUGCAGACGAGGAAGGACCCAAACACUGGCCCGACUCUCGGUUUGUCCAUGUGAUGAAGCUGAGGCAGGCGGCACUCAGAGCGGCCAGACGGCUGUGGACCGACUACAUCCUGUUUGUGGACAGCGACAACUUGCUCACUAACCGCCAGGUGCUGACUGACAUGAUGGCGGAGAACCUGACGGUUGUGGCUCCCAUGUUGGAAUCAAAGAGCCUCUACUCCAACUUCUGGUGCGGUGUGACUCCUGAGGGCUACUACAGGCGAACCCCCGAGUACAUCCCCAUCCGUAAGUGGAGGCGGCGGGGCUGCUUCGCCGUCCCCAUGGUCUACUCCACCUUCCUGCUGGACCUGAGGCGCAGAGCCAGCAGAGACUUGGCCUUCUACCCUCCUCACCCCCAGUACCCACACCACCUGGACGACAUCAUGGCGUUUGCUUUCUCUGCACGACAAGCAGGUCAGACCUUCGUCAAUCUGAGAUCCUUGACCUCCUCCCUGCUGCACUCGAUGGCCGUCGACAUGCUGCCCGGCUACACAGACCCGUACUCGGACCGAGUGCUGACCAGAGGGGAGGUGGGCUGCUUCCUCAGCCACUACAACAUCUGGAAGCAGGUGCUGCAGCAGGAACUGCAGCAGGUGCUGGUGCUGGAGGACGAUGUGAGAUUCGAGCCCAGAUUUCACAGCCGGCUGGUGGCCGUCAUGGAGAACGUGCACAAAGUGGGGCUUGACUGGGAUCUCAUCUACGUGGGCCGUAAGCGGCUGCAGGCGAAGGGGCCGGAGUCCUGGGUGAAGGGAGUCCCUGACCUGGUGCACCCUGGAUACUCCUACUGGACUCUGGGCUACGUCCUUUCGCUGAGCGGCGCCCAGAAGCUGCUGCAGGCCGAACCUCUGAACAAGAUGCUGCCUGUCGAUGAGUUCCUGCCCGUCAUGUUCAACAAACACCCCAAAGUCGAGUACAUGCAGCACUUUGAGCACAGAGACCUGAGAGCGUUCUCAGUGGAGCCUCUGCUGCUCUUCCCCACCCACUACACCGGCGAGCCCGGCUACUUCAGUGACACCGAGACGUCGACCAUCUGGGACGACGAGGCCACGGAGACGGACUGGGACAGAAGAGAGGCCGGACACGGCCGUGGGCAGCGGUCUGAGGGGGCGGGGCUUCAGCCUGGGGCUCAGUGA